AUGCGGUUCGCUCUUUUCGCCGGCCUGGCCUCCCUGGUUUCAUCCGUCACCGCAACCGCCCUCACCUACAAACUCGAUGCGAACGAGAAAGCAUGCUUCUUCACGAACGUUGAGCAGAGCAACGCCAAAGUGGCCUUCUACUUCGCGGUCCAAUCCGGCGGUUCCUUCGAUGUCGACUACUCCGUCAGCGCACCGGGCGGCAAGAUCGUUCUAGACGGCACAAAGGAGCGCCAGGGUGACUUUGUCUUUACUGCCCAGAGCGUGGGCGAGUACACCUUCUGUUUCAACAAUGAGAUGUCCACCUUUGCCGAGAAGAUGGUCGACUUCGAGAUUGCCAAGUACUUCCGCACACGCGAGAACCGUAACUUCAGCACCGUGCGCAGUACCGAGCGUCGGAUUUUCAACUUCAGUGUGAUCGAGUCUUUGAUGAUGGUUUCCAUGGCUGCGUUGCAGGUCUUUGUUGUGCGCUUCUUCUUCCAGGGCGCUCGGAAAGGUUACGUGUGA